UAUAAAAGGAUCGAUGCUAGCUAUUAGCCUUCAUGCGUCGUCUUCAUCAAGCCUCUAUAGUUUCCAUUGAUAAAAUAUAUCAAUAUAUCAUACAUGCAUACGUUGCAUUCCAUGGCUGCCACCAUCACCCUGUUCCUUGUAGCUUUAAUGGCUGCUCUCGAUGCAACAGCUGCUCAGACAGGAGUUUGCUAUGGGAUGCUUGGAAGCCGUUUGCCAGCGCCAAGAGAAGUGGUGGCUCUUUACCAACAGAAAGGCAUCAGAAGAAUGCGGCUCUAUGGUCCGAACCCGGAUGCUCUCCAGGCCCUCAGAGGCACCAACAUCGAGCUCAUGCUCGGCGUUCCAAACGAAGUCCUAGAAAGACUUGCUUCCGACCAAGCUCAGGCCAACGCAUGGGUCCAGAAUAAUGUCAAAAACUACGGUGACGUCAAAUUCCGCUACGUCGUCGUGGGGAACGAGAUCCGGCCACUGAAACCCGACACGGCGGCGUACGCACGGUUCCUCCUACCCGCCAUUCGCAACGUGCAGAAUGCAAUUGCGGCAGCCGGCCUCACCAACCAAAUUAAGGUUUCUACCUCCAUGGAAACUGGAAUUCUUGGGGAGUCCUAUCCCCCAUCGAAGGGCUCUUUCAAGCCCGAAAUCCGAUCAUUUCUCGACCCCAUUAUCCAGUUUUUGGUGAACCACAAUGCACCACUGUUAGUUAAUGUGUAUCCGUAUUUUAGUUACUCUGGAAACAGCAGAGAUAUUCGCCUCGACUACGCUCUGUUCACAGCCCCUUCGGUGGUGGUGCGAGACGGCCAAGCCGGGUACCAGAACCUUUUCGAUGCCAUCUUGGACGCUCUCUAUUCUGCGUUGGAGAAGGCCGGCGGCAGCUCUUUGCAAAUUGUUGUCUCAGAAAGCGGGUGGCCUUCUGCCGGUGGAACUGCAACAUCUAUUGAAAACGCAAGAAUUUACAACAACAAAUUGAUUGAGCAUGUGAAACGCGGUACCCCCAAGAGGCCAGGAAGGCCCAUAGAAACAUACAUAUUCGCCAUGUUUAACGAGGAUCAGAAGAAUCCAGAAUAUGAGAAAUACUGGGGGCUCUUUCUUCCAAACAAGCAGCCCAAGUACGAUAUCACCUUUGCUUGAUUAUAUAGCUAGCUAGCUAGGCACUAUGGCUCUGGCUAUAUAUAUAUAUAGCCAUAUAUAUUGCCAUCUUAAAUAAAUAAAGUAAUUAAAAGUGUGCUUGUACUUC